AUGGAUAUGCAGUACAAGGAGGGGAUCAACGGUGAGGUGGGUAUACGAUCUGCAGGAAAAGGGAAGGUGAAGCGAAGUGAUUUGUUUGUGAGAUUUUUAGCAUUGGUGCUAACUCUGGCGGCAGCUGUCGUUCUCGGAGCGAAUAACCAGUCAACAACCGUAUCCGUAAAGAUCGUCCCCUCCCUGCCGCCGGUCAACUUGCCGGUCACCGCUAAGUGGCUUUACAUGUCUGCCUUUGUAUACCUUGUGAUCGCAAAUGCAAUAGCAUGCUUUUAUGCAACGAUGUCUUUGGUGGUUACAUUAGCAGCUAGGGGUGGAAAGAAGAACGUAACCUUGAUUGUAACCAUUUUAGAUAUAGUAAUGGUGGCACUUCUCUUCUCGGCAAUGGGUGCAGCGGGUGCUGUUGGUCUUAUUGGCCUCAAAGGCAACUCACACCUACAAUGGGGAAAAGUGUGUAAUGUGUUCGAUAAAUUUUGUCACCAGACUGCUGCUGCAAUGAUCUUGUCUUUCAAUGGCUCCAUAUGCUAUCUUCUACUCGUUGUGUUAGCCACUAUCAAUGUCUACAAGAAGUUUUAA